AUGUUUUUCUUCAAAGACCUUUCGCUCAACAUCACACUGCAUCCCUCCUUUUUUGGUCCGCAAAUGAAACAGUACUUGCGUACCAAACUGCUGCAAGAGGUAGAGGGUACGUGUACAGGUAAAUUUGGAUACAUUUUGUGCGUUUUGGACUGCGAAAACGUUGAAAUCGAAAGAGGAAGAAUUUUGCCAGGUGAUGGUUCUGCGGAAUUCACAGUCAAAUACCGUGCGGUCGUGUGGAAACCAUUCAAAGGCGAAGUAGUAGAUGGCGUUGUGUCGAGCUGUACUAAUCUGGGAUUCGAAGUAGACGUGGGGCCCCUUUCGGUUUUUGUAUCGCCCUUUUUAAUGCCGGAAGACUUAGCAUACAACAGCGGGUCAAAUCCUCCGUCAUACCAGAGUUCAGAGCAAAUUAUCACCAAGGGCUCGAGGGUAAGAUUGAAGGUGGUUGGUGCCAGAAGUGAGGUAAAUUCGAUCUAUGCUAUUGGAAGUAUCAAAGAAGAUUAUCUGGGUGUUAUAUGA